AUGUUCUCGAGCCAAAAUCCCUGGCAAGAUGCCAGUCGUGCCUACCAAAUGGCGCCUGAGGACCUCCAGGCCGUCGUGCAGCUUGCCGCGAAGUAUGGUCCAGUCAAUCUCAUGUUCUUUCUAAGGAGUCUCGGCGAACCAUCCCGAAUGUCGACCAUGUCUCAAGUGACUCUGUCAAGUAACGCCAGUGGUGUUCCCUCUUUAAGCUACAGUGAACCCUCACUCUGCCAGUCUGAAACUGCCUCUAUCAUCUCUCAGAAUACCCAGGCGCAUUGGUCCGAGUCUGCCGACAUGACGCCUAAUUAUCUUCAAGCCGAUGUCCAGAGCCUCUCCGGGGACUGGUCAUCGGCCUCUGCCCCUCGUACUUCUCGGGACAUCAAGACAUCUGACUCGCCGAUGACACAGCCUAACCUCUCUGUCACUUCCAUCGUCACCACAUCCACCCCGCGGAAAGCUAUCGAGUGUACUAUGUGUUUCGUGGAAGGGAUUGUCGUAGGCUUCAGCAGGAAGAGCGACUUUAAGAAGCAUCUCCAGAAUUUCCAUCACACCAACACCAUCUGGGUUUGCCAGUACGCCGGAUGCCCCCUGACGUUCGACUUCGAAAAGGCUUACGUCGCGCAUGUAAAGUCAUGCCAUACCGACAUACACCUACCACCCAGUAAAGCCCGCGUUGAGUUAUGCCCUCAAUUGGUAUUUGCCUGUGGAUUCCGUGGUUGCAAGGACCGUGUCUUCGAGGCCUCAUCUGAGGAUGAAGCCAAAACGUUGCGGGACAAGUACUUCGAUCACGUCGCCAAGCAUUUCGAUAUGGGAUUCUGUGUCGCGGAAUGGGAAUACUACACCCAAAUGCAGAAUCUCCUCCGCCAGGAAGCUGUUAAGGAUAUGUGGAAGCAAUGUGUAUGGCAGAAGAGUAUUCGGAAUGCUCUCCGAUGGCAGCCUAGGUCUUCCGCUGAUCUGAAGAGGCUGCUUGAGUGCCGUCACCUGUACGAGUUGCCGCGGCUACUUCACUGGGCCUGGACCCUCGGCGGCGAGCCAUACAGGUCCGCCAACCUCGAGGCUCCUGAGCCGCCUCCGGGCAUUCGACGACCGCUGAAGAAGGAUUGCCCUCUGGCAGCUUCUCGGCACGAAAUGCUCAUGAAGCCGGGCCUCUUGAAACUCGCAUUCCCAAUCUCUCAGCCGCCUUCUUUUCAAUUCAACAUUCAACAGCCGAAACCCCCGCCGCAAAACAUGUUCCUCCCCGACCCGCGGGGAGGCACCUCUCUUCCUGGAAAGACCAACCCCAACCCAGUCAACCGGCCUCUCAUAACCGAUCAGGAUGGGUGGUCCCAUCCUCACCCCGGAACUCCAUACCACGUACCCGACGUCAACCAGUGGCAGGAAGGGUACAACUUCGCGCCUCCGCCUCAGGAAACAAUGCCUCAUUCUCAGCAUACCUCAGGUCCCGAUGGAACCGAUCAUCCUAUGAACGGGAACCCAACUCCGGUGCCCUCGGAACAGAUGCAAGCUCAUACUUCGAUAACUCGACAACCUCAGCAGCAGCACGCGAAUUCGACUCACCAUCAGCAGACUUAUCAGACCCCGCAACAUUCACACCCUCAACACCAGUAUUCCCAACACCCGCACCCGCACCACCCCGGAGCACCGCAACAGCAGUGGCCGACAUCCACAGCACCUUUGGAAGUUCUCACGUCCAUGGAGACGCCUUUGACCUAUGAUCACUCAGGUAAACCAAAAACCCCGAAACGGCCUCUCUCUGUAGCGAGGAAGAGCAUCGAUAGCCUCAGACUGAAGCGGCAACAUCAACCGAACAUAGAGACGGCCGGCAUUCCUGCACUACCCAGUAUGGGCCAGCCCACCGACUAUAAUAUGUCGAAUAGGCACAGCCAGCCCGGCGCCUCCCAAGGGCCUUUCAUGCACGAAGUUACGAUGACGGGAUAG